AUGUCACCUACGCGCUCCCCCAUCUCACCUCCUCGCAUCCUCCUCGCGCUCCUCACCUCCGCGCUCCCCCGUCUCACCUCCGCGCUUCCCCCGCGCGCUCCCUUCUCUCACCUCCGUGCUCCCCCCUGUCACCUCCGCGCUCCUCCUUCUCACCUCCGCGCUUCCCCCUCAUCUCGGCACUUUCCCCUCACGCUUUCCCCCUCUCACAUCCGCGCUUCCCCCUCUCACGUUCGCGCUUCCCCCCCUCACCUUCGCGCUUCCCCCUCUCACCUUUGCGCUUCCCCCUCGUCAACUUUGCGCUUCCCCCACUUCGCGCUCCCCCCUCUCACCGCUCUUCCCCCCCUCACCUCCGCGUUCCCCGCUGUGCGCUUCCCCCUAUCCAGUGCCUACCCGAAAGGCCGCGCCGUCACGUGCCAGGCCUCCCUCUUCCACCACGGCUCCCUCGCCUCACCUCGUUCUGCCCUCGCCCACCUGCCGCUGACUGACACCAGUGCACCUCUCCCUCCUGCCACAUCUCCCUCCUGCCGCCUCUCCCUCCUGCCGCCUCUCCCUCCUGCCGCCUCUCCCUCCUGCUGCCUCUCCCUCCUGCCGCCUCUCCCUCCUGCCGCCUCUCUCCCACGGCUCUGCCCGCAGUGGCCAGCACGCAGCCCUGCGCCCUCUGUGUUGUGUGCUGCUGCCAUGCCAGCCGCACGGCCUCGCCUGCACUCACUGCACGCGCCAAGCCUGGGGCCACCGUGUGCACUAUACCCCCUGCUGCUGCUGGCGUGCCUGGCCGAUCCUCCCGCCACACACGCACAGCCAUUCGACCGCAACCAACUCAGAGGUGCGUCGCCUGCUGCGCUGCCACCCUGCCGCCCUGCCCGUGCCGCCCUGCCCGUGCCGCCCUGCCCGUGCCGCCCUGCCCGUGCCGCCCUGCCCCUGCCCCCCUGCCCCUGCCCCCUUGCCCCUGCUGCCCUGCCCCUGCCGCCCUGCCCCUGCCGCCCUGCCCCUGCCCCCCUGCCCCUGCCGCCCUGCCCCUGCCGCCCUGCCCCUGCCGCCCUGCCCCUGCCGCCCUGCCCCUGCCCCCCUGCCCCUGCCGCCCUGCCCCUGCCUCCCUGCCCCUGCGGACCUGUCUUUCAUGUCUGCAAUGUUGCGAUAGGCUUUUCUUAG